UCUCCAUAAAUACCCCCCCUGUACUCGCCUCUAUCUCUAUCUAUCCACACACUUCCUUCCUUUUGAAACCCUCUCUUUUCCACUACUCUCUAACUCUACUCACUGAGUAUGGCAAAGGACGUUGAGGUUGCGGAGCAAGGAGAAUACUCGGCAAAAGACUACCAUGACCCUCCUCCGGCACCUUUGAUCGACCAUGAGGAGCUGGGAAAGUGGUCUUUUUACAGAGCUCUUAUAGCGGAGUUCAUCGCCACCCUUCUUUUCCUUUACAUCACAGUUUUGACUGUGAUUGGCUACAAGAGCCAGACUGAUCCCAAGAUCAACACCGAUGAAUGUGGUGGGGUUGGCAUUCUUGGCAUCGCUUGGGCCUUUGGCGGCAUGAUCUUCGUCCUUGUUUACUGCACCGCCGGUAUAUCUGGAGGACACAUUAACCCGGCCGUGACCUUCGGGCUGUUCCUGGCGCGCAAGGUGUCGCUCGUCCGGGCGUUGUUGUACAUGGUAGCACAGUGCUUGGGUGCAAUCUGCGGUUGUGGGCUGGUCAAGGCCUUCCAGAAGUCUCACUACACCAGGUACGGAGGUGGGGCCAACGAGCUCCAAGCUGGGUACAACAAGGGCGUCGGAUUGGGGGCCGAGAUCAUCGGUACCUUUGUUCUUGUCUACACUGUCUUCUCAGCCACCGAUCCUAAGAGGAGCGCAAGAGACUCCCAUGUUCCUGUUUUGGCUCCGCUCCCUAUCGGAUUCGCUGUGUUCAUGGUCCAUUUGGCCACAAUCCCAAUCACUGGCACUGGUAUCAACCCAGCAAGAAGUUUUGGAGCCGCAGUGAUCUACAACAAAGAUAAGGCCUGGGAUGACCAAUGGAUUUUCUGGGUUGGACCUUUUAUUGGAGCUGCCAUUGCUGCCUUCUACCACCAAUUCAUCCUUAGAGCAGGAGCCAUUAAGGCUCUAGGAUCCUUCAGAAGCAAUGCUUAAGCUUUUCUUUCCCCCCCAUGAUUCCCAAAGAUGGAGAUGGAGUUUCCAAAAGAAUAACAAUGGUCUGCCUCAGGGUCCCAUGGGUUGGAUCGAGGAGUAAAUUAAUGGAGGGCCAUGGAAUUGUAGAUAAACAUGCCUAUGUGGCAGGGUGUAUUUUGUAUCCCUUUCUUCUUUUUCUUUUCUUUUUUUUUUUUUUUUUUCGGCUUUGCAUGUAUUUAUGUGGUCACUGUCGUCCUUUUGCAUUUUUACUACUGUCUAUGUUGUGUUUCCAUGUUGUUUCCACGUAAAGCUAUUAAAAUGGAUUGUGUUCAUCUUA